UCCUGUGUGGACUUCUCCACAACCUCCCCUGCAAAAAUCCCAAAGAGAAACCCCUUUCUCCUUUCUCUAGCCGCCGCGCCGAACUCUCUCUCUCGUCCGUCGCUCGCCGCCUUUUCGCUUCCCCCAUCUCUUUCUCUCUCCUCUGACCACAAUGGAGGCUCUCGCGGUCUCCGCCUCCUCCUCGCUCCUCCCCGCCCACCACCCUUCCUCCCGCCUGGCCCCAAACUCUCUUGCGCUCCACCCCCAUCCCAGCUCCUGCGGGCGCAUCCGCGCGACCCCCGCCGGUGGUGGCGGUGGGAAGGACGAUGCCCAAGCCGGCGCCACCCCCAACGGGUCUCCCGUCCUCAAGCUUAAGAGCGACUCAAGUCAAAAUGGAGUUCUACCGAUCACGGCUGACAAGUCACAGAAGGCUUCAUUAACCAAUACUAAUACGGACUCAAGUGGAUCUAGGGCUGGCCUAUUUAGAACACCUAUAUCUGGUGGUGUGCAGAGUGCAACUUUUGCCCAUGGUUUGCCCCCACCGGCUUUGGCUGUUCGCAAUCUGAUGGAGCAGGCGCGGUUUGCUCACCUGUGCUCUGUCAUGUCUGGCAUGCAUCACCGGCGUACUGGAUAUCCAUUUGGUUCACUUGUCGACUUUGCUAAUGAUUCAAUGGGCCACCCAAUAUUCUCGUUAUCACCCUUAGCAAUCCAUACGAGGAACUUGCUCGCUGACCCAAGAUGUACGCUUGUUGUACAGGUACCUGGAUGGAGUGGACUGUCAAAUGCACGUGUCACAAUAUUUGGUGAUGUCUACCCUUUGCCAGCUGAACAACAGGAAUGGGCCCAUAAGCAAUAUGUAGCAAAACAUCAACAAUGGGCAUCACAGCAGUGGGGAAAUUUUUACUAUUACAGGAUGCACAACAUAAGUGACAUAUACUUUAUCGGAGGCUUUGGAACUGUUGCAUGGGUAGACGUAAAAGAGUAUGAAAAUAUUCAACCUGACACGAUAGCAGUUGAUGGUGGUGAACAAAGCUUAAAGGAGUUGAAUGCAAUUUUCUCUAAACCACUUCGAGAGUUUUUGUCAUCAGAAAGGGAGGUUGAUGCUGCUGCUCUUAUAUCAGUAGACAGCAAAGGGAUAGAUAUACGGGUUCGCCAGGGUGCACAGUUCAACAUUCAGAGGCUAGCAUUUGAUGUCCCUUACAAGGUUGAGACUCUAGAGGAAGCCAAGAGAGCACUCCACAAGAUAAUCAAGACAAGCAGCAAAUAGAGUGAAGAUUGCAGAAGCUGGCUUUACUCAAUUUUGCUAAUGGUGUGAGGUUUUUAUUACAAUCCAAUAAUGAGAACUGAGGACGAUGUAAUGUAGCAAGUAGCAUCAUAAGCGCAAAAUACGCUGGAUAUCUUUUUAAUAACGAACAUCUCUGUCCAGUGUGGCGAAUAUUGUAUAUAUAGUCGUGUUACUAGGUCAAUAAUGAUGCUUAUGCUAAUGCUGCUUGAGGAAAUUGGAUAUCUGCCGUUGGUUCAGGAAACGGUCGAUUUCUGCACAGCAGGCUAUCAGCAUGCAAUUUUGAGCAUGCGUUGAUACAGCUAGAAGUUUGAUUAUAUAAUUUAUGUGACAAUAAUAAUGUCUAAUGAGAUUGGCGCUAAUUUUCAUUAUCGA